AUGCCGCAGCCAGAAUUCAUCCAGGAGAGGCUCAAGAGCUUGAAUACAAUCGAUGAUUUGCUUCUGGCAACUUUACUACAUGCUUCUCAAGCAGUGGGAACCAUAGAGGAGUUGAAAAGAGGAAACGAAAACAUGAAACCCCAAUUUGAAAACCAUGCGCGUAGCUUUUACAACAGUCUCGAAGAGGCUACUGUUGGACUACGGCGCGAAAUCAAGCAUCUCGACGAAAACGUAGGUACCAGACUGUUGCCGAUAAAUGUGAACAAGAGGGCUACUGGCCAAGACAACGACAAGAUACGAGAGCAAUUUGACAAACUAGAAAACGAGCUUAAAGAAAGCAGUUAG